AUGAGUUUGCAUGGACUCGGAGUGAUUGGCGCUCAGGUGACCGCCGCGUCAAUCAAGAGCAACGACGAGAAACAUCCAGAGACGCCGAGGUGCCGCUCGCCGCCGGGCUCGAUCCAGUCAACUCCCUCGAUCAACGAAGGCCGCAGCCAGGACUUCGAUCCGUCCAUCGGCGCCAAACCAUACUCGCCCUUCUAUCGACAUGGAACCCCGACGAUAUCAUACGAACAACUCACUUUCGAAACCAAGAACCAAAAUCAAAAUCCAAGUCACCUGAGGGUAACCGAGAAUGCUGGGCCAUACUCGGCACUGAGAAACGAAAGCCCUCGGCGGUCUAAGUUGUGGGAGGAGGAGAAUCAGCCGCGGUCAUGGAUGCAGUCAUUAAGCAACAGACAGCGUAUGGCGCUCAAGGGAGUCGUGGCAGUGGUGACUGUCGGAAGCAUGAUCGCGGUCGCGCUGGGAAUUACCGCAGCUGUUGGAGGUGGAGCCUGGAAAGACAGUGCCGAAAAGGCCGCCUUGGACUGA